AUGAAAGACCUCCCAAUGGAUGACACGGGCCAUGCCAGCCCAAACCAGCCCUUUGAUUACUUCACCGGGGUUACUUCUUUUGAUGCUGCAGGAGACCAGAAGCCGGAGAAAAGUGAACAUAGCAUGGACGGCUCAGGCCCUUCAACGCCUACCCACGACAUGGAUUCCUUCGAGGACAGUGAUGAUGUUCGAGUCAUCAAACCCUACGAUAUUGAAGAGCCCGAUGAUGAAUUAGAAACUAGCGUACCAAGGGGAGAUCUACUAUGUCUCCCAGAUCGAUUUGAACUAUGGCAGCGCGACCUGACAGACUACCUAAACGACCUGGACUACCAACGCGUUGGAUUUAAUAGCAGUACAAUCCCUUCGGUGCGAACGAAAGGGCAGAAGAGAAAGCCAGCCCACAACACCCUCACUGCACAGCAGUCCUACCCGCAAUUCCCACAAGGACAUGCAUCGGCCGAGGCUCAGCCUGAAGUGCAUGGGUAUCGCCCCAAAAGGCGAAGGUUUAGCGAACUUCCAAAGUGGUAUGCUCAAGACAUACACUCAUUUGGCGCUUUCCGGGAACCCAACGCGAACGAAAGCUCAGGUUCCGAGACAGCAUCAAUCGACCUGGGCGGCAACGAUGCGAUGAACAACUCGCCCAUGGCCGAUGAGAUGGAUAUCGACUAA